AUGUUCAACAAACAAAAUACGAUCGCUAGUCUUUUAACUUUGUCUUUGGCUGAAAUUGCGUCAGCUUUCCCACAGGCCCCAGAAUACGCUCACUCUCACUUAGGUAAGCGUGACGCUUCUACGACUGCUACUGCUACUGCUACCUCUACUGGUGGUGCUACAUGUGCCUUCCCAUCCCAUGAAGGUAUGGUUGCCGUACAAACCUCUGGUUCCAAUGCAGGCUGGGCCAUGCAUUCUGAUCAAGCUUGUACCGCCGGACAAUGGUGUCCUUACGCAUGUGAACCUGGUCAGCUAAUGGGUCAAUGGGACCCAGAAGCCACCUCAUACACUUAUCCUGAGUCCCAAUACGGUGGUCUAUACUGUAAUUCCGACGGUUCUUUAACCACUCCUAACAGCGGUAACAGUUACUGUUAUGAUGGUAAAGGUACCGUUAGUGCCGUUAACAGCGCUAGUGGAGGUGACAUUGCCUUCUGUCAAACUGUUCUACCUGGUAACGAAGAAAUGUUGAUUCCAACCUUAGUUGGUUCCAGUUCUGAACAAACAUUGGCUGUGCCAGGUACAGAUUAUUGGGCUUCUACUGCUGCUCAUUACUACAUCAACCCUCCAGGUGUCAGUGUAAGUGAUGGAUGUAAAUGGGGUGAUUCUUCCGAGCCAUACGGUAACUGGUCUCCUUAUGUUGCUGGUGCCAAUAUGGACGACAAUGGUAACACUUACGUUAAAAUUGGUUGGAAUCCAAUCUAUGUCGAUACCUUUGGUAGCACUAAACCAACUUUCGGUGUUAAGAUUACAUGUGAUGAUGAAUCCAAGUGUAACGGUUUGCAAUGUUCUAUUGAUCCAAGUGUCCAAAACGUUAAUGAAGUAUCUAGUCCUGAUGGUAGCUCUGGUGCAGGUGGUGCCACUUUCUGUGUUGUCACUGCUGAAGACUACGCUAGUGCCAAGAUUGAAGUGUUCGAUGCUGGUAACUCUAACUCUACAAGUACGGUUCAAAAGAGAGAAAUCCACGUCGGUUCUGCUGAACCAACCACCUCUUCUGCUAAUGCCACUUCUGAAACCACCACUCAAGAACACACUCAUACCACUACCACCACCCAAUUUGUUACUGUCACAGUAUCUGCCUAA